AUGUUUCUUGACGACCCAGCUUUAUCCAUUGAAAGUUCUGAAAAUUUAGCAAGCUUAUUUAAAGACGAUCACAGUUCCAUUUUUAGAGAUUCAAACGAAGACGAAUCAGACAUGUUUCCUAAGUAUAAACAUACCGCAGAACAGUAUUUACACUUAGAAAAUAAGAAACUUGCUCUUUUGGAAGAAAACUUGGACAGGAGCGAGAAGAUUCAGACCAAGAGCAAUCAAAACGCUUGCUCUAAUCUUUUGAAGUUCUUUGAAACACUUAUAGAACACUUAAUUAAGAAACUGUUAAGAGAAGCGCAGCAAACUGCCCCAACUAAAUCAGAUGAUGCGCCUGGGCGGAGCGGCAAGGAGGUGCUCAUAGGCGAGGUUGACAUCGCGAUGCGCAGCGACGUGGACAACGAGUAUGGGGCCACGAGUCCACAGCCCUUUGACAAAAAGUGCCUCGUUGACGGCAACGUGUACACGCACAGCCAAAUGAUACCAUCGCGUGACCAAAGCUCGCAUUGUCUCUGCGUGGCCGGCGAGGUGUACUGCUGGUGGCAGACCUUUGGAUCGCCCAAGGCAUUGUCCGCUUUUGCCCCAGACUCCUCCUUCUCCUCGAAGUUGGACAACAGCAUCAAUAACAACGAGAACAGGAACAACAAAAACAACGUCAACGAUGGUGGCAUAGAGCUAUCGGACAACGAGGGUCGCCCAGACCCUGGCACGACCGAAGAGGACUACUCGAGCGAGGUACCGCCCGAGGCCUCCGAGGAGUCAUCCGGCGAUCAGCUUGAUGACAACAAUGUGGAGUCGGACGAGCAGUCGGACAUAAUAGGAGACGAUGAAGACGACGACGAAUACGAGGGGGAAGAAGAGGAAGAGGAAGAAGAAGAUCAGGAAAGUAAUGAUGUGAGACAGGCCGUACCCGCAGCCAUGAACGCCACGACGAUGUCGUCGUUAACGACGACUUCUGCUGCGAGACCCACAAAAGCUCCAGAGCCGUGUCUUUUCAUGGGAAGGGCAUACCAAGAGGGUGAGAUGCUGCCCCACUCGACAGGCAAUUGCGUAGAAUGUAGAUGCGGUACCGGUGCUAGGAUCGAAUGCUCGCCUCGAGACUGUGUGGGCCUGAGGCCCCAGCGCCCGGGAGGAGGAGACCUUGAGUUCUUCGACGGUGGCAACACCUUCUAAUGAUAUCUGCUGACAGUACCCGUGGACCCCCUUCUUGAAAGAAGUUUGGCUUUUUCAAUUUUAGCAAGUGGGAAAUAUACUGCUUUUCCGAAUGUGAUUGCAAUUUUUUUGUGAGCUUGGAGGAUGUACUUAAAGAAGCUGUUGGUCGUACACAUCGAUAAGCCACAAUUUUUCUGUUACUGUUGUGUUAGAAAAGUUUUAUCGUUAUAAAAGACUUGAUAGUUUGCGGAAAUUGUAAAUUUUUUUUCUUUACUAAUUUCCAUUUCUUGAAAAUAAUUGUAAAUUGUUUUAUUCAACAGUUGAUGAAAUAAAUCUUGGCACGAUA